CGCGGCGACUGACAACAUGACGACCUACAUGGAGUUAGAUCGUUGCCAAUUUUUAUGUUCAUGCCGAAGGACCAGCUCCUUGUUUCGUCUGUACUUCUGCAGGCACUGCCUUGCUAUUCGGUGCGCCAACUGUGUGUCACACGAGGUUGAUUCACACUAUUGUCCGAAUUGCUUGGAGAACAUGGCAAGCGCUGAGGCCAAGAUACGCAAACAUCGUUGUGGGAACUGUUUCGAUUGCCCCAGCUGUGGACACACCUUAUCUACGCGCGCAACCGCCACGAUGUUACCAAAGCCGGAUGAUCCAAGUAAAACAAUGGCACAAAAGGCCUACUACUUGACCUGUUCAUUUUGUCGGUGGAGCACACGAGAUAGUGGUAUCCCAGAUCAGCGUCAGUCAACCGGUGGUUGGCAAGAAACUCCUAGUCCACAUGCGAAACGCAUUGCCGAGCUGAUCGAUAGCUAUCAUCAUCUUGCUGUCAAGGAAAAAGCUGAUCGUGAGUGGAGCAAAUUUGUUCGGAAAAGAAACUACAUGAUAUUGCUUGAACGCUAUCCGGUUUUGAAUCCCCGUUUACGCCGUUAUUGUUCCUCUUCCUGGACGACACCAAAUCGUGAAACAGAGCCGGCCAAGAAAGUCAACAUCCCUGCGGCAGAAGCCCCUGAAGGACCUGUGACGUUCGAUCUGGAUCCUUACAUCAAUCAACCACUACAGUUGGAAAAAAUCACAACGAUAAGGCAACGACAUCUUGCUCCACAAGUUCAACCAAAACUAACAGCCCAACUGCAACCACAUCCCAAAUGUUUAGUGGUCAAACGGUCAAUGCGAUGCCGAACGUGUGAGCACAACUUGAGCAAGGCGGAUUUCAAUCCGAGUUCGAUAAAGUUUCGCAUCAAUCUAAGCGCAAUGUACCAUGUGCCAGAGUUGCGAUUCAUUCUUCCACCUCCAUCAACAGGAGCUACGGAUGUCCAGGCGGUCCCACCACCACAGCGCCGUACAUCUUCCACGUGGUCAGCGCUAAGUUCUGGUCGCUUGGUGCAUUAUGAUUAUGCACCCGGGAAGACCCAACAAAUCACGCUGACCAUUUGUAAUCCGGCCCAUCGGGUCACCACAGUGACUCUGCAGCAGUUGACCCCUGAGGAAGAAGCUUGUUGUCUCGGGCACCUGGUCCUCGGAUCCGAUUGUACCGAUCUGUCUCCGAAGGCCGCAUCAGACGAGUGUGGUGCGGGUGUACAAGAUAGCACUCCAGUGGUCGGAUCCGCUGGUGACACGAAUUUGGAUGGUCCCAAAGAUCCUUGUUUCUCGACUGUCAAGUUAACCUUACCGCCGGGUGAAAUCAAACUAGCUGCCAGGAACGCCAUGGCAGAAUACGAUGAAAACUUGCCCGCCAGUCUAUCUGUAGAAGGCCAGACAGAUCCCAAAGUCGUCGCAUUUCGUCGUGGUAACAAGGUCGGCAUUCAUGUGGGUAUGACUCCACUGAGUAAUGUGCGGUUUCCUCGUUCAAAGCUUUCACUUGCCCCCGUAUUUGAGGAAGGUCAAGAAGACACUCCACCGAUCUCUUCGGAACACUCGCUUGUUCCGCUUCGGGCUGCUGUUCGCCUACAGUUUGAUUACAAAAAUGUCACAACCAGCUUGCUGUCUGAACAACGAGCAGCCGCUGCAGCGGCGGCCGCUGCUGCUGCCGCUGUCACGGCCUCUACUUCGGUGAAAGACAGUAAAGACACGGGAGAAGCCGCGACACCACAAACGGCGAGCUCUAGUCCGACGGAUCAAAUCAGCCAGAUCUCGUUCCGGCUGCGCACCUCUGGUGAUGCACAGGCUGGAUAUGCUGGAGUGGGUAUUGUAUUGAGCGAACGAGCGGAAGCGACUCGGCUUGACAGUCGCCUUUGUGCGGUUUCUUUGGAAACAUCUGUGAGAGAACCCAGAGAAAGUGAGAUUCAUCACACCCUGUUCAAUCUGUCUGCUUACGCCUCAACUGACUGUAGCUCUGAAGCUGCCAAGGACAGUUUCUAUGACGCUCUAGGUGCCCUUCUACAGCAGACUAAAAGCUCAGAUACCAUUAUGGUUGCUAGUGACAUAAACGUCCAGGUGGAUCUUGCGCGUACGCUGAAUUCCCUCUGCAUUGGUGUAUGUUUGUCAGAAACAGGGAUGCAUGACGCAAGUACUGUGAUCGAACUGACUGCCCCCUCGCUCUCUUCCAGGUUCCGGCUGCGCACCUCUGGUGAUGCACAGGCUGGAUAUGCUGGAGUGGGUAUUGUAUUGAGCGAACGAGCGGAAGCGACUCGGCUUGACAGUCGCCUUUGUGCGGUUUCUUUGGAAACAUCUGUGAGAGAACCCAGAGAAAGUGAGGUUCAUCACACCCUGUUCAAUCUGUCUGCUUACGCCUCAACUGACUGUAGCUCUGAAGCUGCCAAGGACAGUUUCUAUGACGCUCUAGGUGCCCUUCUACAGCAGACUAAAAGCUCAGAUACCAUUAUGGUUGCUAGUGACAUAAACGUCCAGUAUAUAACAUUCUUCCCCGCCGGAGGGAUUGUCAGGAAAAUAUAA